AUGGCCACAUUCGCAAACAUUUCGAGAGCAUCGAAAAACAUUGCAGAACGAAUAUUGUCUCAUCCAGUGGCUAGAACUCUAUUACCAUACUUACAAAGAGAGCUUGAUCCUGUUGGAGAUCAGGAUAUGUACUACGACCAGCCUGCACGUUUAUAUCUAGCUGAAUGGAUCCGUGAACUUCAGAAAGCUGAUCUAGCGGCUUCUAGGACUGGAGACGCACAACCAACGCCUGGACUUGAAGGUGUUGGAUCAUCUACAGAUGACUCUUCGGAGGAGGAAGAAGAUAGUAUUAGCGAGUCGUCGUGGAUUGCUAUACGACAGUCAACAGAUUUGCCACGUGUACACAUUGCCAAACAACACGUAGAAGGUGUCGUUGUAGAGUCAGAUGCAUGUGUCGUUGAAGGAAUGGAACGUGCCAUAAACUCCCCACUGCUUGAUAUUCAAAACAUUGUAAAGCAACGUCGAGCUACCACGGUUUUGAAUGAUGUUAUUGAUACCAACACGUCGCUGGGCACGUUUGAGAUCUUGAGUACUGAUACCACGCCGCCACCUCCUCAGCCGAAACGAGAAGCUCCUGUUACGAGAAGUGAAUGGAAUGAUUUUAGUAAUGGAAACAUUUCAUCAUCUGCCAUCCGGCGAAGAAUAUUUUCUGGCGGAUGUGUACAGGAGAUACGUAGUGACGCAUGGAAAUUCAUAUUUGGUCUCUUUGCUUGGGACUCGACUAAUGAAGAACGAGAAAGGAUAAUGGAAUCCAGAACAGACGAAUACUUUAGCCUUAAACGACGAUGGAUUGCAUGCCUGUUACAAGAGCAAGAGGAAGAUCCAAUUAAAAGGGACCUCGAUGGUAAACAAACGAUAAAAGAAUCCUUCACACGUAUUGAAAAAGAUGUAAUACGAACAGACAGAAGCCAUCCACUGUUUAACGAAACCAUAGUGAAAUUACCACACCCUACCGAUUAUUCGUCAUACUCACCUAUAGUUAGAUUACGAGACAUACUAAUGACAUAUGCGUCGAUUUCUGGAGAUGGCUACGUUCAAGGGAUGAGUGAUUUGUGCUCGCCUUUCUUACAGGUAUUAGAUCACGAGGUGGAAGCCUACUACUGUUUUCUUGGUUUAAUGAAGAGCAUGAAGGAUAACUUUAGGCAUGAUGGUGCUGGAAUGAGGAUGCAGCUGGAACUAGCUGAAUCACUAGUUUCGGUCGCAGAUGCGCCGUUAUAUUCUCAUUUAUCUCAAUGUGAUUCCAUUAAUAUGUUUUUCGUGUUCCGCUCUCUCUUGAUUGCAUUCAAGAGAGAGUUUGAUUUUAACCAGCUUCUCACAUUGUGGGAGGCCAUCUGGUGUAAUCCUUACUCGAAACAGUUCAACAUCUUUGUCGCCUUUGCGGUAUUGGAAGCUAACCGGGACAGCAUUAUAAGAUAUCUAUUGUCGUUUGACGAGAUACUCAAGUUUGUUAAUUCACUGGCUGGCAAGAUUGACCUUGAUCAAACGCUUGAAACCGCUGAACUAUAUUGUAUCCUACUGCAACAACGUGCUGGAUCGAAGAUGAAUAUUUCCUCGGAAGAAGAUCAAUAUGGCAACCUUUUCGACUUGUCCGAGCUACUGAAACAGCUGAAAUCUAUGUAG